CGAGACUUGGGAAUGUUCUGCACCCACAUGAAGAGUACGCUGAAGACGUGCUCAAGCCCAAAACCAACUGUAUUCUCCACCAUAGUGGUUCCGCUGCGAACCUCGGGGAGAGACGAGACAUGGCGACAUCCAAGUUGGGCUCAUUGCGUGCUCUCUGACAUGAUUGCGUGAUAACGUACGCGACCAACGCUGGCCCAACUCAAGGCGUGUAAUGUAGGCUCAACGAGCACGACCACAACAACAAUGGUCGAAGCUGGACAUACCCAUCGAGGCGAUUCAAGUACUCGCGGUGCCAAAAUAUAAGACAAACAUUCAUACUCAGGAUUUGGUGUCGAUACAAUAUCAUCACUGUUUCAAGAUGGGUUCAUUGUCGUCGGAAACCGCCAAGACGAACGGCUUGGCGGGCGGUCGGCCAAAGAAGCAACUCAUUCUCAAUGCAUUUGCCAUGAACACUCCUGGCCAUCUGUCUCCCGGACUAUGGCGGCACCCUCGCAAUCAAACGGACAAGUACAAGAAGCUCGAGUUUUGGACAGAUCUUGCCCAGUUGCUGGAUAAGGCGGGCUUUCAUUCUCUGUUUCUUGCCGACGUCCUCGGUUGCUAUGACGUCUACAAAGGCCCGGCCAACACGGGCCCGGCGCUUCGCGCUGGUGCUCAAUUCCCAGUCAACGACCCGCUAUACCUGGUCCCGGCUAUGGCAGCGGUAACCAAGAAUCUCACAUUUGGCAUUACCGCGAGCACAACCUAUGAACAACCAUACUCUCUUGCCCGGCGGUUCUCUACAGUAGAUCACCUCAGCAACGGCCGGGUGGCAUGGAAUAUUGUGACUUCUUACCUUGACAGCGCCGCACGCAAUUUCGGCCUCACUGAGCAGAUCGAUCAUGAUGUCCGUUACGAGAUCGCAGAGGAGUACAUGGAAGUAUUGUAUAAGCUCUGGGAGGGAAGCUGGCGCGAUGACGCGGUGGUGGAGGACCGGGAGACUGGCGUCUAUGCGGUGCCUGAGCGUGUACGACAGAUUGACCACCAAGGUAAACACUUUAAGGUUCCCGGGCCUCACAUUUGCGAGCCUUCUCCACAGCGCACGCCGUUCCUUUUCCAAGCAGGGACUUCCAAGACUGGUCGACAAUUUGGUGCCAAGCACGCCGAAGUGAUCUUUGCAGGGGCCCAGCUGCCCGAAAAGCUACGCCCUUCUGUCGAUGCCAUCCGUCAACUGGCCAAGGAGGCCGGUCGUGACCCGUACAAUGUUAAAAUCAUUGCGAGCAUGUGUGUUAUCGUGGCAGAAACCGACGAGGCCGCCAGAGCAAAGCAUGAGGAGUAUCUGUCGUACGGCGACCGAGAAGGCGCACUCGCUCUUUUUGGCGGAUGGACCGGUGUGGAUCUGUCUACGUACUCGGAUGAUGAAGAUUUCCGUUUUGUCAAGAUGCCGAUGAUCCAAUCCAUCGUCAAUGGCUGGGCGGACACAGUGCCGGGAAGGGAAAAUCUCAAGUGGAACAAAGCCCGCAUCGCGGAUUAUCUACUGCUGGGUGGCAUGAAUGCGAAGAUCGUGGGAUCGCCCACCACAGUUGCCGAUGAGCUAGAGCGCUGGGUCGAAGUCGCUGAUGUGGACGGAUUCAAUCUCUCUCAUGUCACAAACCCAGGAUCAUUUGAGGAUAUCGCUGAAUUCCUGCUGCCAGAACUCAGGAAGAGAGGGAUUUUCCGUAAAGGGGUCGACAAAGAGGGCGCCACCACGCGAGAACAAUUCUUUGGCACGCCCCGGCUGCUUCCUGACCAUCCGGGCAGUAAGUAUAAGUGGAGCACAGAGGAGGAUAUACCAGGAUAUCAGCAAAGCUGAAGACUUGCAUGAUCAAUGUCAUAGUAGAGCCUCUAGAACCUCGAAUAACGAUGGCAUUCUUGUUGAAGUGACCAGCAAAGAGAAACCCGGCCUGUGCCGAGUAUGCAGACUCUAUACGUAUCAUUCUGGCAGAGUCUAUAAUCAUUCUAUGGGACACAAGUAAAUAAUUCUGAACUCGUUACUACCAACGGAAAAAGUGC